UAAAACCCCACAAAUCCCAAUCCCAAAAUCCAAUCAAAGUGAAAACAACACAAAACACAAAAACAGAUCACGAAACUGAAAUACAAUUCGCUCAAAGCCGAUUACAGACGGCCAUCGUCUCUAAUCUCUCCUCCCUCCAUUAAUCUCUCUGCCGGCUCUCACCGAUUUUGCCAAACCACACUCACUUCCAAAACCCCUCUUAUUUAUUAACUUUUCUCUCUCUCACAUCAAUUCCUUUUAUAUGGCCAAUUCUCUCAUUGGAUGAUGUAUGUAUGAGAUGACCCAGUCUCCUUUCUUCAUUUCUCUCUCUUUCGCUUUCUACUCUUCUGUUCUCUGUGUAUAAUUAUCCUCGUUCCUCCGAUAGAACUGAAGUUUAAUGGCGAAGAUCUCACAGAAAAAGAAUGCGUCGUCAAAUGACACUAAUGAUAAAAAGCCUGUAAUUAGCAAGGCUAAGAGAACUCGUAAGACUGUUCAGAGAGAUUCACCUCCGCAGCGAAGCUCGAUAUACAGAGGCGUCACGAGGCAUCGAUGGACUGGUCGAUAUGAAGCUCAUUUGUGGGAUAAGAAUUGUUGGAAUGAAUCACAAAACAAAAAAGGACGACAAGGUUUUUAUUUCUUUCUUUCUCAAAUUUGUAAUUAUUAUUAAUUCCUGGUUCCAGUUCGUUUCUUCGAUUCUUCUAUUCAAAUUCCUAAUUCGAAUUUCGUUUUGGAUUGAUUUUUCAUGAAAAUGGUGGCGAUUCCUACAGUAUAUCUAGGGGCCUACGACGAUGAAAAAGCCGCUGCACAUGCAUAUGACUUGGCAGCAUUGAAGUAUUGGGGACAAGACACCAUCCUCAAUUUUCCACUCCAAACAUACGAAGAGGAGCUUCGAGAAAUGGAUAGUUUGUCAAAAGAGGAGUAUAUUGGAUCUUUAAGAAGAAAAAGUAGCGGUUUUUCACGAGGAGUUUCAAAAUACAGAGGUGUAGCAAGGCACCAUCAUAAUGGUAGAUGGGAGGCUCGAAUUGGACGGGUUUUUGGCAACAAAUAUCUUUAUCUUGGAACAUACGCUACCCAAGAAGAAGCUGCGACUGCAUACGACAUGGCAGCAAUAGAAUACCGAGGACUUAACGCCGUUACAAAUUUUGACCUCAGCCGUUACAUUAAGUGGUUAAGACCCGACCAAAAAGAUCCCAACAACUCAAACGGAAGUCAAACUAACUUUGACCUCAAUCCGCCACCAGACGCCGCUAGUAGCCAAGAUCCAGGGUUAAGCUCCUACUACAACAACAGCAACAAUCAAAACCAGCAACCGGAAAGCUCUAGCUCCGGCGAAACAACCACCAGCGUAGCUCCGCCACCACGUGGCUCUACCGGAAGUAAUACCGCUUCCUCCGCCUUAGGGCUACUGUUUCAGUCCACAAAGUUUAAGGAAAUGCUCGAGAGGACCUCGGUGGCUGACUCCCCUUCGACACCGCCGGAGUCGGAUCUGCCACGGCGAAGCUUCCCCGACGACAUACAAACGUAUUUUGAUUGUUCUCAGGAGUCCAAUAGCUAUGCAGAAGGUGAAGACAAUAUGUUCGCGGAAUUGAAUUCAUAUGCUGCGCCUAUGUUCCAAUGCGAGCUUGACGCUUGAACCGCUGAUCGGUAAUGAUUUUUCUUAAUAGAGAUAGUGAUCGGUGCAGUUUCAACGGCGGCGACGGCGAUGGCGAUCGGAGCAGCUUCAUCGAUGAUCUUAGGGUUUUACUAUUUGACUUGAUAUGAUAUCGUCUUUUUAGAUGAGUGUUCAAUUCAUUUUCCUUUUUUCUUUUUUAAAUUAUCUGAUUAAAAAUUAUUUGUAACUGUAGAUAUACUUAUGAGGCAUAGACAUUCAUUUAUUUCUAUAUUUCUUUCUGUUUCCUGAAAAAAAGAAAAUCAAUAAAAAUGUUGCAGGCGUCUAAAAGCCUCAUUUCUUUCCUUA